CCUUGUUUGCCGCAAAACACAGAGACGUGAUCGGAGCUCACUGGAAAGAGAAAAAGGUAAAGAAAUAUUCAAAGGAAGUUCAAUAAUCUCCGGCAAUGGCAUCCACCAACAACGAACAAGAAAACCAGAACCAAGCCGGAAGGCACCAGGAAGUCGGCCACAAGAGCCUCUUGCAGAGCGAUGCUCUGUAUCAGUACAUUCUUGAGACGAGCGUUUAUCCAAGAGAGCCUGAAUCGAUGAAGGAAUUGAGAGAAUUGACUGCCAAACAUCCAUGGAACAUCAUGACUACAUCGGCGGACGAAGGACAGUUCUUAAACAUGCUUUUGAAACUAAUUAAUGCGAAGAAAACGAUGGAGAUUGGAGUAUACACUGGCUACUCUCUUCUCGCAACAGCCCUAGCACUUCCGGAAGACGGACAGAUUCUGGCUAUGGAUAUUAACAGAGAAAAUUACGAGCUCGGUUUACCGGUGAUUGAGAAAGCCGGCGUUGCUCACAAGAUCGAGUUCAAGGAAGGCCCCGCUCUCCCUGUUCUUGACGAGAUGGUGGCUGAUGAGAAAAAUCAUGGAAGCUACGACUUCAUCUUUGUGGACGCUGAUAAAGAUAACUACAUAAACUAUCAUAAGAGAUUGAUCGAUUUAGUGAAAGUUGGAGGAUUGAUCGGGUACGACAACACACUAUGGAACGGAUCAGUGGUUGCUCCACCCGACGCCCCAUUGCGCAAGUAUGUUAGGUACUACAGGGACUUUGUGUUGGAACUCAACAAGGCUCUCGCUGCUGAUCCAAGGAUCGAGAUUUGUAUGCUCCCUGUUGGUGAUGGAAUCACUCUCUGUCGUCGGAUCAACUGAAAACGUUAACGUUUCAUGCACUCUCACUUACGCAAUUGCUCUUCUUCAUUGCUUGCCUCUCUCACUUUUUAAUAUCAAUUUCCUCCGAGUUUUUCCAUGUAAUUCAUAUUCAACAUUUUAAUGGAUAAUAUAUAUUACCUUUUUAUAUUCU